GGCUUGUGAGGCAGAUGAUCCCAUGGGAUGUUGAAAGAGAUGAUGAGGGAACUGCUACUCUUCAGUGGUGGAGAAUCAGACGUCGAGUAGAAUCCAUCAGCAUCGAAAGCGGAAGGCCGAGUCACUACUGGUGAGGAGAAAGGUCUGGAGAGGGAACGUGAGAGGAAGAGGAGGUGGAGGAGGAGGAGAAGACGAAGAAUAGAGGGAGAUAAGCCACGACAGGAAGCAAACACACACUGAGACGUCCACGCCGCUGGUUUAUGUGCGUCUGUGUGUUUGUGUCAGACGGCGAGAGAGACGCUGCGUGAGUUAGAGGGUGAACGGGAAAGGAAGGAAGAAAGGGAGGGAGAGUGACGCGGAGACUGGGAGAGCCGCCCCCCCCCCCCCCUCCUCCUCUUCUCCCUCUCUUUCUCCUCUCCUCCCCUCCCUCCCCUCCCUCUCUGGCUGUGUGGAGCAGGCGUGUAACGGCAUCAGACUCGGCGUGAAGGAACCAUGAGCGAUGUCACCAUCGUUAGAGAGGGAUGGCUCCAGAAAAGGGGUGAAUACAUAAAGAACUGGCGCCCACGUUACUUCCUGCUCAAGACAGACGGCUCCUUCAUCGGCUACAAAGAGAAACCUCAGGAUGCAGACCUCCCUUACCCACUAAAUAACUUUUCAGUAGCAAAAUGCCAGCUGAUGAAGACAGAGAGGCCAAAGCCAAACACCUUCAUCAUACGCUGCCUUCAGUGGACCACUGUCAUCGAGAGGACCUUCCAUGUGGAUUCUCCUGAUGAGCGAGAUGAGUGGACAGAGGCCAUCCAGAUGGUGGCAGACAAGCUGCAGAGACAAGAGGAGGAGAGGAUCCAGUGCAGCCCCACGUCCAACAUUGACAACAUGGUUGAGGAGGAAAUGGACAUCUCCACUACACACCACAAACGCAAGACAAUGAGUGACUUCGACUACCUGAAGCUGCUGGGAAAGGGAACCUUUGGUAAAGUCAUCCUUGUCCGGGAAAAGGCCAGUGGGAAAUAUUAUGCCAUGAAAAUCCUCAAAAAAGAAGUCAUCAUAGCCAAGGAUGAAGUUGCUCACACACUCACAGAGAGCAGAGUACUGAAAAACACCCGGCACCCUUUUCUCACUUCGCUGAAGUACUCGUUCCAGACUAAAGACCGUCUCUGUUUCGUCAUGGAGUACGUGAACGGAGGGGAGCUGUUUUUCCAUUUGUCCAGAGAGCGAGUGUUCUCAGAGGAACGCACGCGCUUCUACGGCGCUGAGAUAGUCUCAGCACUCAACUACCUGCAUUCAGCCAAGAUUGUGUACCGGGACCUCAAGCUGGAAAACCUGAUGCUGGAUAAAGACGGUCAUAUAAAAAUCACAGAUUUUGGACUCUGCAAGGAGGGCAUCACUGACGCUGCUACCAUGAAGACCUUCUGUGGAACACCAGAGUACCUCGCACCAGAGGUCCUGGAGGACAACGACUAUGGCCGUGCUGUUGACUGGUGGGGGCUGGGCGUGGUCACGUACGAGAUGAUGUGCGGCCGGCUGCCGUUCUACAACCAGGACCACGAGAAGCUGUUUGAGCUCAUCCUCAUGGAGGACAUAAAGUUCCCACGCACGCUGUCGGCCGACGCCAAGUCGCUGCUGUCCGGCCUUCUCAUCAAAGACCCAAACAAAAGGCUGGGGGGAGGACCAGACGACGCAAAAGAAAUAAUGAGGCACAGUUUCUUCUCCGGCGUCGACUGGCAGGAUGUUUACGACAAAAAGCUCGUCCCUCCCUUCAAGCCUCAGGUGACGUCCGAGACGGACACCAGGUACUUUGAUGAGGAGUUCACUGCUCAAACCAUCACAAUCACCCCACCCGAGAAAUUCGAUGAGGAUGGGAUGGACUGUCUGGAUAACGAGAGGCGACCGCACUUCCCGCAGUUCUCGUACUCGGCCAGCGGGCGAGAAUGAACUGUCCAUCACGGCGACAUUGUCUCUGAGGCCGCCAGCGUAGGACACGAAGACCCCGCAGGUUCGGACCGACCCAGACUUGAAGGAUCCUCACCCCACCACCCGUCCUUUCUCCUCCAUUCCUUCUCUUCAAUCUGCUUCUUUCUUUAUUUAUUGUUUAUUUUCUUUUUUCAUGAGACUAAAACCUUGAGGCAAAAUUAGAGUUGAAUCCCGCACUCCAAACUGUGACAGAAUCAGUUGGUUUUAAACGACCCUUUAACGACUGGAGCUUCACCUGCGUCCUGCUGUGCUUUGACAACGGGUCGGCCCUCGGACAAGCCGUAAAAAAAAAAAUGAAAUGGAAAAUGCAAACACUUAUUUAGAUGCUAGCCGACGCGUUUUCAGGUAGUGUUCGUCUCCGUGCGACAGAGAUACAGCAUUUUACGUCGUCGAAACCCAAACUGCCAUAGCGGGUUGUAUCUCAGGCUUUUGCAAACACAGACUCAGAUGUGCGUUUUGUGUCGUCAGCUCAGCGAUCCCGGGAUGGACUGAGCAGCCUUCAUCGGUGGACGCUCUUCAUGUUGUCAAGCAGGAUUUGACUCAGGUGCUGCUCAGUGCACGUCAUGUCGUUGCUGCUAUUUCAACCUGGUCUACAGGUACUACUCCUCCUACCACCUUCUACUGCUACUACUGAACUCCGGUGCUACAGCUACUCGCCGAGCGUUACCAAAGCGCCAGCAAGACACCCGUACUACCAUCUAUGCUCGUACAGCUGCUACUUUACUGUGCUGCUCUUAAAUGUCAUCUCUGAGGUUUCAACAGAUGAUGGCAUGCGCUCCGUCGGUGCGCGCCUUUGUGUCGAAGGUCCAGUCAUCAUGUGUUUGCCUCAAAGCUCAGCAGGUCAAGCAGAUGAAGCUCCGGCAGAUGAAUAAUUAGCUUUACUACACCGCCCAGACUGAUUGGAAGAAAUCAGCCGGUGGGAAUGUUUCCUAAACCCCACUUUUCCUUCCUGCUUUUAUUUCAAUCUACCUUAAACCAACAAAAGGGAAAAAAAAACAAAAACAAAAAAAACAACUUAACUGAAACGGUACUUUGUUUAAAGGAGAAAAAGCUUUACUGUGACAUGCGGUGAUCAUGGCUUUGAGAUUCGCACGGCUGUACCUCUUGGUGUCAGGGCCCAGAAUGUCAGAUAGAAAAAGGGACUGUUACGACAGGAGAGGAGUCAAACAAAAAAAAAAAAAUGCAAUAUUAAUAAUUUAUAAUGUGAUCACU